AUGGAGACUUUUUGUUUCGGGGUGAACCUCCUGGUCAGACUCUUUUUGGCAGGAAUCUGUGCUCGAUCAGCUUUUGCUUUUCCUCCAACGCAUUUCAAGCAGCAUGCACUGUUUCAGAGACCUCAGCUUUCCCAGAGCCAGCAGGCCAAAGCGUCUGAGCAGCAGAAGCAGGUGAACACCGUCAGCGUCACCUGCCACCCCGACUCGCUGGAGAUCACAAUCAAAGCUGACAUGUUUGCAGUCGGAGCUCCUGUGAACAGCGAGGAUCUGCGUCUUGGAGUGGAGCACAGUGACUUCUGCAGAGCUGCAGCUUCUUCUGAGGACGAGUACCGGAUCGUUGUGGGACUAGUGGACUGCGGCACCAAACACUGGAUGACCGAGGACUCCCUGGUCUACACAAACCUCCUCAUCUACUCUCCUGAGGCCUCCCCUAACGGCCUCAUUCGGAUGGAUGAGGCUGUGAUUCCAAUUGAGUGUCAUUAUGAAAGGAAGUACAGCUUGUCCAGCUCUUCGCUCAUGCCCACCUGGAUCCCCUUCACGUCUACGCAGGCUGCAGUGGAAGCGCUGGAGUUUGACUUGAGACUAAUGACAAAUGACUGGAUGUAUGAAAGAAGCGCCAACGUGUUUCACCUCGGGGAGCCCAUCUGCAUUGAGGCCUCGGUCAGAGUUGGACAUCACAUGGGGCUCCGAGUGUUCAUCAGCAGCUGUGUGGCCACUCUCCACCCGGACAUACACUCUGAGCCCAAAUACAUCUUUGUAGAAAACGGGUGCCUGCUUGACUCCCAGCUUCCAGGUUCAAAGGCUCACUUCUUAUCCAGGACGCAGGACGAUAAGCUCCACUUGGUCAUCGACGCCUUUAAGUUCCACGAUGACGACAGAGGAGAGCUCUACAUCACAUGUCACCUUAAUGCUGUUCCAGUAAAUGAUGCCGAAGCCCCGAAUAAAGCAUGCACUUCUGUAAACGGAAGAUGGCGGUCAGCUGAUGGGAACGACUACUUGUGUGGUUACUGCCAGAGCCAAAAUGAAGUCGGCCAGCAGUACAGCAAACUCAGCAGCCCUGGCAGGUUCGAUCCUCGUGGGUUUGGGAAGCCGGCAGAACCCGAACCUUUGUUCAGAAGUGGACUGAGGACAAAUCAGGUGUGGGAACACAAGAAAAAAGUGGGUCCAGUGAUGGUUCUGCCGUCACGGAAGAGUGGGCCGCUCCCUGUGGAAGACCUGCCUCCAGUCCUCAAUAAAAUCAGCAGACCUGCGCUGUACGGCAGCCAGUGGAGAAGUGGGAUGACCGGACUGGAUGUGGAGAAGGGGCUGCUCACUCAGCCAGCAGACCUCGAUGAGGAGGAAGACGACGACAUAACUGGAACAGAUCUGAAAGAUGGUGGUGCCGACGAUGAAGAUGCUGCAUCUCUAGAAAAAGUUUCCCCCGACUUCAAGGUGAAAUCGUUGCCGGUGGACCUGGACUUGAACGCCACAGACGCUCCCGGUGACAUCGGCUUCACCUCCCACUAUGAAGUGGAGGAGACUCUGCUGUCAAACACAACUGCUGCAGAACCCAACCCAGACACAACAGACCCAAAGAAAUAAACCAUUAAAGACAUUUUACACUG